AUGACCUCACUCACUCGAUUAUUAGACUUGCCGUAUUCCUUAGAGACAACUGUAAAGUUACAGCAUAAAAUAAUCUCAAAUUUCCAUGAUGAUGAUGAUGAUGAUGAUGAUGAUGAUGAUGAUGAUGAUGAUGAUGAUGAUGAUGAUGAUGAUGAUGAUGAUGAUGAUGAUGAUGAUGAUGAUGAUGAUGAUGAUGAUGAUGAUGAUGAUGAUGAUGAUGAUGAUGAUGGAAUACAGGAAAUGGUCACCCAGAGAUCAUUUGUCCAUUUUUAA